UCCAGACUAGGCCUACUGAAGUUUGGAAACUAUCAUGGUAGUUCAAACUUACAAAGUAACCUACUGUUAGUACGAGGGUUUUUUGAUAUUGGUUAGUUGAACGAUGCAUCGUAUCGUAGGCCUGUUAGUAAAAAGCUAUAGCCUCCGUAGUUGUAGGCCUACGGGAAACACACCCCUGAGCUGUAGUCUCACCCAGGGCUGGUCCCGUGCAUAGGCGCACAAAAUAACAGAGGGGCGCAAAAAAAAAAAUGCACCCACUUGCUACAAAUUGUCAUGCGGCGCUAUAGCCCAUCUAAACACCUUAUUGCACAGUUGCACUGCUGCUGAGUGCGGGACAACUAGGCGUACAGCUUAACAGCGACAGGAUUUUUAACAAACCAAAUAUACGACCAGCUGUGCGGGGACUGGUCUGCACGUCAUGACUUUCUUCAGAUGUGGUUCUCAGGGUGAGCUCCGCCCGCUCAUCACCCCCAAGAUGGAACCUCGUGUGCGGGGUCAAGCCGUGAGACGGGGGUCCCCUCCGGAUGGAGGCUACGGCUGGUUUAUCGUCUUCUCCUGCUUCCUGGUAUUCGGCCUGACGUUCGGCGUCAUUAAGUCCUUCGGCGUCUUCUACGUGGAGAUCCAUCACUACUUUGCCACCACGGCGACGGGGAGCUCCUGGAUCACCUCCAUCGCCGUAGCAACCAUUCACAUCGGAGCUCCUGUAGGGGCAGCGCUGAGUGAGUGCUUCAGCCACAGGUCAGUGGUGAUUCUAGGGGGGCUACUCAGCAGCGUGGGAAUGGUGGCUGGAGCCUACGCACAGAACCUCGUCCAGCUCUACAUCACUGUGGGUUUCAUCACAGGUUUUGGCUACGCUCUGACCUGGACACCCACGGUCACCAUGCUGGGCUGGUACUUUGAUCAGCGGCGUCCAAUGGCCAACGCGCUAGCCAGCACGGGCGAGUGCAUCAUCACCUUUGUCUUGACACCGCUCUUCCAGCUGCUGGUGGACCACUACUCCUGGCGCGGAGCGAUGCUGGUGCAGGGGGCCAUCCAGCUCAAUCUGUGUGUGUGCGGGGCCCUGCUCAGGCCUCUCAGGGCCCCUGCGAGGGCCCCGCAACAGCAGAGGGAUGGGGAGGUGGUGGAGGAGGAGGAGAUGGAGGCUCCAGCCAGCACCACUAUGAAGUUAAAUAUGGACUCUGACAUUAAGGCAGUGCCAAUCCACACCGACCACGAUGCCGCCAAGUCUGGGACAUCGUGUGUAGACUCGGACGUGCAGCGCUACGUGGACUACACCCUGGUCACCAACGUCCACUUCAUGGUGUACUCUCUGUUCGGUGUGUUUGCGGCUCUGGGCUUCUUCGCGCCAGCACUCUUCCUGGUGCCGUACGCACGCACCCAGGGCCUGGACGAGUACGAGGCGGCGAUGCUGGUGUCGCUGUCGGCAGUGCUGGACCUGAUCGGACGCGUCGUCUUCGGCUGGGUGGCUAACCUGAGGCUGGCAAAGACCACCGUGCGCCAGCUGACCGCCUCUGUCCUGGCACUGGGCACCGUGCUGCUGCUGUGCCCACUGGCCACCACCUUCGGGCAGCUGGUUGCCUUUUGCAUGGCGUAUGGCCUGGCAUACGGCGCCACUGUCUCCACGCACAUCACCGUGCUGGCCGAGGUGGUGGGGGCGGAGAGGCUGGGCAGUGCCAUCGGGUUCUUCAUGCUCAUCCGCAGCACCGGGGGUCUGCUCGGACCUCCCAUCGCAGGGUUCUUCAUUGACAAGAUGAGUGACUACGGCACUGGCUUCCUCAUGGCAGGUGUGGCCCUUAUAGUCUCUGCCCUCUUCCUGCUUCUGCUGGACCAGAUGAGCAGGAGGGGGCGAGGCCUGAACAGGAAAGGUGACCGCAUGCACCCAGAGAGCAAGAAAGAAGGGGAGGAGCUGAAUAAAUGGACAAACGUUUGUCAGAAAGAUGGGAGGGGCUUGGAACAAGAUGUCUAGGUGGGAGAGAGAACAAAACGCUGAGGAUGAAAUGUUUUUACCAGUCUCUUAACCAUGAGUGAAGAAGAGGAUGAAAUGAAGUGGCCAAAACAGCCGUUGAGUACUUGCCAGAUCUUGCCAGCGCUGAACUAAUGAAGCAGAGAUAUGAUGCCUUAAGAAAUUAUUCAUCAGCGUUGUCUUAAUCCAUGUUGUCUGUGAGGGCACCUUAAAGAAAGUGCCUGGAAAGAUCAUUCUCAGGGCAUGACACACCAAACCCAUGAGGUGCAAGUGCAAGACACAAAGAUCUGUAAGCCAAAACGAAAACAUAUUUUUUCCCAAUUUUUCAAAUUCUCAGGAUACUAUUGAGAGCAUGAAGUUAUCUAUGCACCGAAUGCUGCUACCAAAAUCACAUGCGCGCACACACACACACACACUAACUUGCACUGAUGAUGCACAACAUUACAGUUCUCCUGUAACUCACGACAAUCAGCCUCACACUCAAUCUGCUGCAUUUUUUCAUCUGUGAUGUAGUGUUACCUCAGAACAAUUUGAUUUCUCAGGUUUUUUUAUAUCAAAAUCUACUCCUGGAGUUGUGAAAAUCCCCCCUAUACACAACUGCACAAUGUUCAAUCCAUAUGACACUGUGAUGCCACCGCAACGCUGGAAAAGACAGUUUAAGAGGUAACCUUGAAUGCAGUCGGUCAGUUUUGUGUAAGCAAAUGGCGCCCUCUAAAGGUUUGCCUAAUCUCCUGUGGAAUAUUUGAGGUGAAUCCAGUUAAGAACCUGAAUCUUUUUUUGCUCAAAGGGUUCUUCAUGUUUAGUGACGUGGACACUGUUUUUAAUGUCACUGCUGUUUUUCUUGCCUUAAAUAUCUUUCCUUUUAACGUUUUUUAAAUGUUUUAUGUGAACCAAAUCAGCUCCUUGGGGUAAUUUGGAAUGUACUGCUCUGUUCAUUUACUGCAGUAAUUUAUUAUUAAGUUAAUAAUUAACAUCAUUUGAAAAUAAAAAUGACAAUCCCUGAGACCGAAGUCAAGAAUAUCAUUGAUAUAUGUUGAUGAGUCUGAGCUUCACAUGGUAAAUGUAUUACUUUGAGAAGUUACAAGUUAGAUCCAUGGAAACAAAAUGUUUAAACCCAAACAAAAUGUUUUGGUGCA